GUUGUUGCGUUAAGGAAAAAAGAGAGAGAGAGAGAGGAAAUGAAUCUAGAGGAAUUGACAAUCAUACUCGGAGAAGUCACUCUAUUAAACCUCUUUCGUGGUUAAUGGAGGACAGAGCCAGGAACCUCUAGUUUGUAUACGAGUAUGACCCACUGGCGGCCAUAACGACCACCAUCAACCGUCCCCGUAGUGAGUAUACUAACCGAUUAUAAGCGAUGUUCCUUGUGUUGGUGCUUCACGUCUCUUUACUUCUUAUUCUGCUCUGAAAAUUCAAAUGCCACUUCCCUCCGUUGCAAAGCCAAGGAGAAUCUCUUUACUUUCUGAGUCUCAACAUACAGCGUCCUCUCUCAUUGACUCUACAAUCUUUGCUUCAUCAUCCUUUCCCCAAACCCAAUUCUCAAAUCACCCACCAAAUCCUCAAGGACACCACAAUUCCAAACGACAAGCAUUAACCUUUCCUCCUUUUAAAAGGCUUGUUGGUCAGUGCUUUCACGGGGCACCAGCUUCCUACUAUGCAUCUCUCAUCCAAUCUUGCAUUACUAGAAAGGCAAUCAAACCCGGAAAACAGCUGCAUUCUCACCUGUGCCAAAUGGGUCUUGGAUUUAAUACGUUUUUAGCUACUAAACUGGUCAAUAUGUAUUGUGUUUGCGGUUCUUUAUGGAAUGCCCACCACUUGUUUGAUAGAAUUCCUAAAAGAAAUUUGUUUCUUUGGAAUGUUCUGAUUCGGGGUUACGCGUGGAAUGGCCCGUACGAGGUGGCGAUUGCGUUGUAUAAUCAAAUGUUUGAUUGUGGUCUUGUGCCGGAUAGAUACACGUUCCCAUUUGUGCUGAAAGCUUGUUCGGCACUUUCUGCUAUUGAAGUAGGGAGGAAAAUCCAUGAACGUGUAGUGUAUACCAUGUGUGAAACUGAUGUGUAUGUAGGCGCCGCUCUGAUUGAUAUGUACGCAAAAUGUUGUUGUCCACAGAGCGCCCGGCGAGUGUUUGACAAGAUUGAAGAAAGAGAUGCUGUGCUGUGGAAUUCAAUGCUUGCAGCUUACACGCAAAAUGGGCAUCCAGAUGAAUCGCUUGCUCUGUGCAGCGAGAUGGUGUUGGCGGGCUUGAGGCCAACUGAGGCAACUCUUGUGACCGUCAUAUCUGCUUCAGCAGACAUUGUAGCGCUUCCUGCUGGGAAGGAGCUUCAUGGGUUUAGUUUGAGGAACGGAUUUGAAUCAAAUGACAAGGUGAAAACUGCACUGGUAGAUAUGUAUGCCAAAAGCGGUUCCGUGAAGGUUGCUAGGACUUUGUUUGAGCGACUUGGGGAGAAGAGGGUUGUCUCGUGGAAUGCCAUGAUCACUGGGUAUGCAAUGCAUGGUUAUGCAGCUGAAGCACUGGAUUUGUUUGAGAAGAUGAAAGGAGGCGGCGCUGUGACUGAUCACAUAACUUUUGUGGGGGUCCUAGGGGCUUGUAGCCGUGGGGGCUUGCUCGAUAAAGGGUUGAUGUUUUUUGACUUUAUGGUAAGAGAAUACCAUAUUGAACCCACAGUUCAGCAUUAUACAUGCAUGGUCGAUCUGCUUGGGCAUUGUGGGCAGUUGAAUAAGGCUUACAAUCUUAUAAAGGAAAUGAAGGUGAUGCCAGAUUCUGGUGUAUGGGGUGCUCUGCUGAAUUCAUGUAAAAUUCACGGACAUGUUGAGCUUGCUGAGCUGGCAGUCGAGAAAUUGAUGGAGCUUGAGCCUGAUGAGGCUGGACAUUAUGUGAUCCUAUCAAACAUCUAUGCUCAAGCAGGUAUGUGGGAAGGAGUUGCAAGACUGAGAAAGCUAAUGAUAGACAAGGGAAUUAAGAAAAGCAUUGCGUGUAGCUGGAUUGAAGUGAGAAACAAAGUUCAUGCAUUCCUUUCAGGAGAUACUUCUCAUCCUAAUUCGGCUGCUAUAUACGCGGAACUAAAGAGGUUAGGGGGAUUAAUGGCUGAAGCUGGAUAUGUCCCUAGUACUGAUUCAGUCUUCCACGACGUGGAAGAUGAUGAGAAGACUAAUAUGGUUUGUAGUCACAGCGAGAGGCUAGCAAUUGCCUUUGGGCUGAUAAGUACAGAGCCAGGAACGAGGCUUUUGAUAACUAAGAACCUACGGAUUUGUGAAGAUUGCCACAUUGCAAUCAAGUUCAUCUCGAAAAUCACCGAGAGAGAAAUCACCAUCAGAGAUGUCAAUCGUUACCAUCACUUUAAAGAUGGACUAUGUUCUUGUGGUGAUUAUUGGUGAGUGAAAGAAGCAU